CUUGCGAAAUAGAGCAUGAAGUUUCGGCCAGAUGCGGUUGGUGGCCACUGCGGCACGUGGGAUACGUCUGAUUAUCGGCCAAAAUCAUCAAGACGUCUACAGUACUCAGAAUAUCAUUCUGACGUUGAAUCAUCAUACUCCAUAGAAUGUUCCAACAACUUUUAUGUCAAACCCCAACCCUCGUUUGACACUUUUGGGCCUUCAUCAUUGAACCCCGUCAACAUUUCACCAGUUGAUGAGUCAAAUCAGCUAGUGGACAAGAAGGCAUACCGUGUUAGGAAAGAUCAAGGAGUGAGGGAAAGAGCCGAAAACAGGUUUAGGUCAAGAGAAAACAACUGUGAUGUAAGUUCCGAGAAUGAGUCUGCCCACAGGAUGAACGGUCGAACCAGACAUCUUUUCAAGAACUCCUUGGAGUCAAAUCCUUGUCCUACAUCUUGUUCUGAGUGGGAUGUUUCAGAAGUUUCAACCCAGUAUUUGACCAAACGGGAAUACAGACGGAAGAAAGGUGAUGACUGGGAAGUUUUUACGCUUUAUCCCGAACCCUCGCCUGUGAAAGUGGAUAAACAUGAGAAAAGAAGACGAAGACGAUCAAUUGAGUGGGACACUUCAUCAGUGUUUGAGAAAACAAAGAAUAAAAAGAAAACAUACUCGUAUGAAAUGAAAAAGUCUCGAUAUUGGGAGGAACUGUCAACAAUUUACAAGGAGAAGCCGAGUAAUGACUAUCGCUCAAAAAGAAAUAAGGACUACUAUGAACCUACUAUUCCACUUGUAGAAAAGUAUGACCCUACUUAUAAAAAUCCUCAGCCAAAAAGCAAAAUUAGCCUGACAUCAACCUGUUCAAAACAGUCACAGUACAAAAGAAACCAAGAUGUCCACUCUGACAUUGACUGGGCAGAACUGUCUAGCAUAUACCCGGAACGGGUUGGUACGCGUCUAGACUCAACUCCACGAAAUCUCUCCGAUCUGUCAAGCAUUCACCCAAGUGAGCUUACGGCGCUGACGACAACUGUGCUCAGUGAUCCCACAAGCCUGUGCACUAAUUUUGUGCCCUCAAAUCCUAACAAUACUGUUGUUUCUUCAGUGCUACUACAACAAGGGGGUGACCCAAAUAUUCGAAACACCGAUGGAAAGACAGCCCUUGACCUUGCUGAUCCCUCUGCCAAGGCUGUACUUACUGGUGAGUACAAGAAGGAUGAACUGCUGGAGGCAGCACGGAGUGGUAAUGAGGAGAAGCUCAUGUCCCUCCUAACACCGCUCAAUGUCAACUGUCACGCUUCAGAUGGCAGAAAGUCCACCCCGCUACACCUUGCGGCAGGCUACAACAGGACGCGCAUUGUCCAGCUCCUCCUACAACAUGGGGCAGAUGUUCAUGCCAAGGAUAAGGGCGGCCUGGUGCCUUUACACAAUGCCUGCUCCUAUGGACAUUUUGAAGUCACAGAAAUGCUGCUAAAGGCGGGUGCCAACGUGAAUGCGAUGGACCUUUGGCAGUUUACUCCCCUUCAUGAAGCUGCAUCCAAGUCUCGCAUAGAGGUUUGCUCCCUGCUUCUUGCACAUGGAGCAGAUCCAACCCUUGUCAACUGUCACUCAAAGAGCGCUCUAGAUUCGGCACCCACUAGAGAACUUCAAGAGAGAGUGCAGUAUGAGUUUAAGGGUCAUUCAUUAUUGGAAGGUGCCAGACAGACGGACCUGAGUAGGGUGAGAAAAUAUCUUGAGGUGGUUGCCUUCAAACAUCCAUACACAGGUGAUACUGCACUGCACUGUGCAGCUGCCUCUCCAUUUCCCAAACGGAAGCAAGUUGUGGAUGCACUGGUUCGCAAGGGGGCUAACUUGAAUGAAAAGAAUAAAGAUCACUUAACUCCGCUACACAUCGCUGCAGAUAAAGCGCACUAUGAUGUCAUGGAUGUCUUACUUAAACACAACGCCAAGGUUAAUGCCUUGGACGGCCUCGGGCAGACAGCAUUACAUCGAGUAGCACAACAAGGAAACAUCCAGGCAUGUCGACUUCUCAUACAGCAUGCCAUUGAUACCAGUAUACGAUCUCUACAGGGCUACACUGCUGCCGAGAUAGGAACAGAAAAUAUACAAAAAAUGUUGAAAGAUGACCCGGUCCCCCAGGUGGGUACAGACAUAGAUCUACAGUUGCUGGAGGCUGCCAAGGCCGGGGACAUGGAGGUGGUCAGGAAAUUGAUAGCUGCCCAUCCUCAUGCUGUGAACUGUCGAGACUUGGAUGGACGUCACUCUACACCGCUACAUUUCGCUGCCGGUUAUAAUCGGGUAGCGGUGGUAGAGUAUUUGCUACAACACGGGGCAGAUGUACAUGCAAAAGACAAGGGAGGACUGGUGCCUCUACACAAUGCCUGCUCUUAUGGCCAUUAUGAAGUCACUGAGCUAUUAAUAAAGCAUGGAGCUUGUGUAAAUGUAGCUGAUCUAUGGAAGUUCACCCCCCUACAUGAGGCCGCUGCCAAGGGGAAAUUUGAAAUCUGCAAACUACUAUUAAAGCAUGGUGCUGACGUCAACAAGAAGAAUCGUGAUGGAAACACGCCGCUCGACUUGGUUAAAGAUGGAGAUCAGGAUGUAGCUGACCUGCUCCGAGGGGAUGCUGCACUCCUGGAAGCUGCCAAGAAGGGCAAUCUAGCUCGAGUCCAGAAACUGGCCACCCCCGAGAACAUCAACUGUCGAGACACGCAGGGAAGAAACUCUACACCUCUUCAUCUUGCAGCUGGCUACAACAAUGUAGAGGUUGCCGAGUUUCUGCUGGAAAAUGGAGCGGAUGUGAAUGUGCAAGACAAGGGAGGGCUAAUACCGCUCCAUAACGCCUCCUCAUACGGGCACAUUGACAUAGCAGCACUGCUGAUAAAGUACAACACGUCUGUGAACGCUGUGGACCGUUGGGGGUUCACUCCGCUCCAUGAAGCCUCGCAGAAGGGACGAACACAACUGUGCUCCCUCCUGCUUGCCCAUGGUGCAGACCCGAGCAUGAAGAACCAGGAGGGACAGACGCCGCUUGAUCUUACCACGGCUGAUGAUGUGCGGGCAUUGCUGCAAGAUGCUAUGCCGUCUGUUGCUACACUCCCUGUCAUCACAAGUGAUAACAGUAGUACCAGCUCUUCAUGUACAAGUCUAUUUAAUGGGACAGCGGAUGGAGUGUCAGGGGCGAUGGGUGGUGCCCCCACAUCGCCCCAAGGUGGGGACGGUGCAAUAGAGCGUACUGUUGCUGAGGGUGAACGCACUAUAGAGACAAUGAGUGUUUCUUCAUUUCUGUCCAAUAUCGGUCUUGAGCAGUUACGGGACAUUUUCGAACAAGAGCAGAUAACUAUGGACAUCCUUGUUGAAAUGGGGCAUGAUGAAUUGAAGGAUAUUGGUAUUAACGCAUACGGACAUCGCCAUAAGAUUCUGAAAGGCAUGGAAAAACUCCUGCAAGGCAAAGAUCUGAAUGAAGAUUCAGAGAUGAAAACUCCAAGGCGACUUGUUUCGGGUAGCCAGUCCUUCCAAUCUUCACAAGGCACAGUAUUGAUAGACUUGUUACCAGAUGAUUCAGAGUACCAGUCUGUCGAAGAGCAGAUGCAGUCAACUAUACGUGAACACAAGGAUCGGGCCGGUGGUUACUUCCACAAGUAUAACACUAUCAAGAUUCAAAAAGUUCGCAACAAGAAGCUAAUGGACAAGUAUCAACAUCGUAAGAAGGAAGUUGCGGAUGAGAAUCAUGGUCAUGAUAAUGAGCGACUCUUGUUCCAUGGCUCACCCUUCUUACAGACUAUUGUCCAGAAAGGCUUUGAUGAGAGGCACGCCUACAUAGGGGGCAUGUUUGGGGCAGGAAUAUAUUUUGCUGAGAAUUCCUCGAAAUCCAACCAGUAUGUGUAUGGCAUUGGUGGUGGCACUGGAUGUCCUCUGCACAAGGACCGAUCAUGUUACGUGUGUCAUCGACAGCUCAUACUGUGUCGUGUAACGUUGGGGAAAUCAUUUCUACAGUUCAGCUCAAUUCGAAUGGCGCACGCACCUCCAGGUCACCAUUCUGUAAUUGGUCGCCCAAGUAAUGGCGGGCUCAGUUAUCCAGAAUAUGUCGUUUAUAGAGGAGAACAGGCAUACCCCGAGUACCUGGUGACCUUCCAAAUUCUCAAGCCAGCAGAGGGGGAGGCUGUUCCAGAAUGCAUGCAGCGGCCCUGACCUCCAUCAUAGUUCAUAGAAAUGACCUGAUAAACUCACCACAUACAUCAGUAUGAAAAUAAUGGUUCUAUAUGAAUAAAGUAUCAUGUGUGAAUAAUUACAGAUCUGUCAGCUGGUACUUACAUUAGGUGCAAAGUCAGCACUACUCCAUUGUGUGUUUCACAUGAUCUUGACAUGUGAGUAAAACAGCUUGUGUGAAAAGGAACAAGUCUGUUGGUGUAAGAACAUACCAAGUCCAUUGACAGUUAUAACACCAUUGUGUUAAGUGGCGCUGACUGCUUAAACAUGGAAUUGUGGUAGCAGAAAGUGAAACUGUAAAAACUACCUAAUUUAUACUAGGAAUAAGGGCAGUCUUGCAGGUAACUGUUACCGGUAGUAUUCUACUCGUGUUAAUGUAUUGUAUAAACCAAGGCAAAAAUCUCGUGAAUUACAAAGUUAGAUUGUGAAUAUGUUAAUUGACCAUUCAUGGAGGAGGAGUAAUAGCAAUCUGUAUUAUAUAAGCUAUGGCUUAAACAGGUUUUCAUCUGUUUAUAAACUAGCAGAAUAAAGUAAAUGUGCCUAAAACACAUGUUUUUGGUAUGGUUAAUACUGAAGGUGUAUCACACUUAAUCCCCAAACAUCUUAAGAAAUUAAGACAAAUGUCUUAUCAUGCACAUUUACUAUUUUCUGCUGGUAUAUUUAUGACCCAGAACAAGGCAUUGUCUCAAACUGUCCAGAUGUGUAAAUAUUGUUCAGGUAUUUUAAGUGUCUUUGGGUAUGCUGUGUGCUAUGAAAUACCAUGUGUUAAUAUAUAAUCUCAUAAUUGUAAAUGUGUUAAAAUGCAUGUGUUGUUUUAAUGAAGUGUAUAAUGGUUUUUGUAUUACGAAUAUCUUCUUGGUUAAGUUAACAUUAUAUUUUGAAUUAAUAACAUUGUUCUAUCCAGGAAUCAGGAAGGAAGCUGAUAAUGUACCCCUUCUUAACAUAGCAUAAACAAGUUCAUCUGUCAUUUAUGAAGUCACAGGAUAGUUUUCACUUAUCUAUGAAAUUAUGAUAGUACCUUUGUGACUCAAGGCAACCGCGCUGCCUUUAUCUAUAUGGAAUUAUUGUCUGAGAGUAAUGCAGAGCAACCCUCGAGGAAGUAUUUUAUCAUCAAAUUGAAAUUUGUUAUCUACAUAAUUAUGUGAAUUUUCUCAUACAAAAUGAAUAUAAUUUCUGUGUGUGUAAAUAUUACAAAUGUACAAAUAUUUAUAGUGCAUGGCAUUUUUCUUGAUUACAGAAAACAGUCAUUCAGUACAAGGGCAGGAAUGGAUUUUAGUUUGGUCAAUACUUCCCAUUUUCUGAUGAAUGUAUGUUGCCAUGAUUAUUUUCUUUCUGGAAUACUCUGAUUUUCCCCCAUCAGCAUUUCUGCUACUAUAGUUGUAUGUUGAUGCGCACUUUAUUGGUACGUUUACUUUAGCCUUGACUGUCAGGAUUGGAUGAAUUACGCCCUUAUGAUUGGAUGAAUUACGCCCUAAUGAUUAGAUGAAUUACGCCCUAAUGAUUGGAUGAAUUACGCCCUAAUGACUCACGAUGAGUUUGAGAAAUUGUUUUUAUUUAGUUGAUUUUUUAGUGAAAAAUGAAUUUUCAGUACCGUAUUUUGGGUUAAUUAUUUAAUGAAAAAAGAAAAUUUUAAAACUGCCUAUUUAGUCUGAUGAACUGUCAUUUUAUACUCUUCUAUCUACGUCUAGUUAUUUUAUAUACCUAAAGCUUGAGUGUUACCCCUGGUCUCAGUAUUUGAACAUUGUCAGUGUAUUUCUGAAACACAUCAAAUCAGAUUCUUAUUAUUCAAAUAGAAGGUGACUUAUGCUUCCAAAUUCUCAAUUAUUCAAAUGUUUGGGAGAUAUUCCAUACAUUUUUGCUGUUCUAUAAAUGAUAAUCUAUAUUUCCAUCUGACAUGAAAUGAUUUAGAAAAAAUCUACAAAAGAUAUUAUGUUUAUUAUACAAAAGAACUGCUCUUCAAUUCAAUUAUUUAAAACUGAAACCAUAUUUUUAAGUAGUGAUUUUCGAAAAGUUGAAAUGAACCAAACUUAAUACAUGUAUCUGUAGGUGUUAUAGUUCAUGGUUGUAAAUCAUGUCUGCUGUUGUACCAGGUUUCAACUGUUGCACUUCAGAGAAAAAGUGAAGCAGUUGUGUUUCUGUUUUCAAUUGCACUCAACAUUUUCACUUCUACUCCUGAAUUAUGUAUAUUUUGUUAAUGAAGUGUAUAUUGCUAAUGCUUUGUUGGAGGUCUCAGUAAACAAUAAAUUAUAAAUACUUGUA